CAGGCUACAGACAAUCAUGCGAUUUAAAAGAUUCCACUGCCACCGCCUAAAUCUGUAGCCUUCUACGGGUACUUAACCACCUAGAAAACAAGUAUACAUCAAGAUGGCACCUGUUUUGUCCGACCUCAUUGGCCAAUAUCCUAUCCUCACCACUAUAGCUAGUUACCUUUCUUCAGUUGAUCUCCUCCAUCUUGGCUUAGCCUGUCGCGAUUUUCAUGCUCUUAUUCUAUCCUCGACCAAAGGUUUCGAAGCCCUUCGGCGCGACUGCCUCUGCGAUGGAUCCGGAUUACGUCGCCGCCUAGAUGCCUGGCGUCACUACAAAUACAAGUGGGGAUCUACUCGAAGAAUCUUACAAGACGAGGAGAUCGAGGUGAGACUCUUCGCAGUCAAAUGUGAUGAAGCCGGAGCGCUUCCUUGUGUCAAGUGCGGCAUCAACAUUUGUGAGGAAUGCAGAGAAUAUCCUCGCGUGAUGCCUAGAUACGGGAACCCUCCUCUGCGUCGUCCUCAUCUGAACGACACCUGGGAGGUUGUAAACAUCAUGUGCCUUUGCGACGCUUGCGAUUCUGCAAUAGAAGACCAGGUGCAUGGGGAGUUCCUCAAUGAGUUGUGCGAUUGCGAUGUCUACAAUCGAUGGAUCUGCCCGAAAUGCGCAGAGGAUGAGGAGAGAUGGACUAAGGAAUAUUAUGAUAAAUACACCGCAUUGGAGUCAAUCGAAGACACUUAUGAUGAUUUCCAGGAGUACCAAGGUCUUACCAAAGUCAUGGCGGACCACCAAUCAGGCAUUCUUUUCCAUUGCGUAUGUGGCGCAUAUGUGCCGCAAGAGGCACGACCUCGCUGUAUUUGGUGUACGAGGAAACAUCGCCCAGAGUAUGAAUGGUAUCGGGAAUUGGAACAAUUACUAGGCAGACCACUUGACGACGGUUCUUAUCCAAUCUAUGAUUCUGCAUACAUGAGGUCGUAUCCAAUUCUACCGUAUACCGGGCUGGUUUACCAAAAGCCUUCUACAUAAGAUUAUUAUGUAUUCGACCCUAUCUAGCAUGACACCAAUAACGCCUGUGCAUAGCCCACCAUCAGCCCUCUUCCUUGACGCAUUUUCAUACGUUGUUCCAAUAUGUUAGGCGGAUAUGAUAGGGUAUUAAUAAGAAUUCGCAUCCUUCUUCGCACCCACAUCAUUUUAUUGCAUCCCUCUCUCCAGCUAUCGCUAUUUCUCAAUUCCAAUACACGGUC